AGCCCCGCCCAGAAAUAGCCACCUCCGGCAGCUACAUAACACCGCCCCGACGCCUCUCCCCACGCCACAUCCACAGCGACCCAAGCCUCAGAGAUCACCACAUACAGCAGCAGCACCACCGCCACCGCCACCACCAGGAAGCGCAGUAGUCGACGCAGCUGAGCCAUGGCCCGCCGCACGGCCCUCAUCCUCGCCGCGCUCCUCCUCGUCGCACUGGCCGUCGCGCCGUUGGCCAAUGCCAAGAAGGCCGCCAAGGAGGAGAAGUCCUCCGACGCCCCCUCGGCCGACGCGCCGGCCGCCGACUCGCCCGCGGAGGGGCCCUCCGACGGACCGGCGGCUGCCCCCGGGCCCGAGGGCAUCGCCGGCCUCUCGCCCGACAACGACGACAACGACGACAAGUGAACCCGAGUGCAUGCCCUUCUGGAAGGAUCCGCUCCAUGCU